UGGAGAAGGCCAGGCGUCUAUCACAUUUGGCCUUCGCCAACAAGAGUAACAGUUAGUUGCGGACGACAAGACGCGGGGUUCUCGCAAGGCUUGCGAGCUAGUUCUCUAAAAGUCGUCCACAGCUAAGGGUUAGACACUGCGGCACUCAUUUUUUCAUGUUGGAACGCAAGCAAGUGAGAAGCAACGAAAGACGGUUUCCCAUGCCUGAACUUACCUAACGGCAUUUUUUUGACAGCUCGAAACCACCGAUCGAUUCAAACCUUGUGCUAAUGGUAUCAAUCAUCAGACUGCUAAUUGAUUUGCUCGAGCCUUUGAUGGCCUGAUCUUGAGAUGAUCCUUUGAACCUCACCUUGUCCCCUCCCCUCAUCCUGAACUAGAGCAAACGAACGCCUCGUCAUGACUUCUGUCGCUCAAGCCUCCCCAUCUCGGAACAAACCUGUUACGCCCACCCCUGUUCCAGGGGUCGCCGGACCUGCCAAUCCCCAUCAUCGAGGAGUCAGCCCUAGCCUUAAGAAACAACAACAACAACAACAACAACAACAACAACAACCCCAUGGGCCCUCCUCACAAGUGGGCGGACUUUUGAUGUCUGGUCAUGUGUCCCGAGAUAAAGACAUCACGUCUAUAGUGCCUUCAGCUCUUAAUUGUUCUUAUGCACCCUGCUUUUGCGAAGAGAACGUUUGGAUGGUCGCCGAUCACGCCCGAAGGAAUUCGUCGCCCUCAGAAAUGCAGAAAUGCUUUGUGAUUUUCGUCUCAAACAAAAAGCAAGUGGUGCCGUUGUGGCGUCAAAAAGCGGGCAAAGACGAGGAGAAGUUGGUCAUCUGGGACUAUCACGUGCUUUUUAUCUACAAGCCUGACCAACGCUGCCUGGUGUUUGACUUGGAUUCUGAUCUUCCUUUCCCGACCUAUUUUCACAAAUACGUCACUGAGACGUUCCGAACGGACGCUAUCCUGAAUCCAGAGUAUCACCGCUUCUUUCGGGUGAUUCCUGCGUCACUUUUUCUACAAACCUUUGCAUCAGAUCGGCGACACAUGAAGAAACCCGACGGGACCUGGAUGAAGCCACCGCCUCCUUAUCCAUGCAUUCAAACCCCCGAAUCCGCGCACAACCUCGACGACUUCAUAUCCAUGGACACAUCAGUCGGUGUCGGGGAGAUUCUCAGUCUGAAGGAGUUUGUCCAGAGGUUUUACAACAAAUGAGAUGGUGGUCACUCCAAGCAUCGCAAAGAACAAUACCCGAAAUGGCUCUUUCGCGUAUGAGGACGUUAUCCACCAAACUUUUUUCCAAAUUAUGUUAGCAAACUUUUCAGCGACUCCCACACCGCCUCCUUGUAGUCAACGUACAGUACAGUAUUCUAUCAGCCCCAUCGAGUUAACCCCAACAACGAUUGAUCUUCACACAAUAUGGGUGCUCUCUUGGAUUACCAAGCGUCAAGCCUGUUCUGACGCGGGAUGAGCUUCUUUGAUCUUUAAAUCCGCACUCCAGACGUUUUUUUCACGUUGUUAGCAUAGAACAUGAUUCUAUUGAACACCGCGGGAUUCAAGUCAUUGGGCCAGAACUCUCAGGCGAGUUUCCAAGGCGAAAUGUUUUAAGAAAACAAACCCGUAUUGAACUACUGCACGUACUUGCUUACUAAAAAUUCAUGAUAAGCUUGCUUUUAAAAAGGCUGGCAAAACGAAAGCUUUUCGAUCUCCUGUGAUAAAAACAAAUGACAGAAGACUCAUUGUCAAUAAUUUCAGUCCUAACCAACCAACCAACCAACCGACCCAAAACAACGUUGCUCCCCUUGGAACGAUUCGAUAACAAGCAUCAAGGCCUCAAUUGUGGCCGUAAGUUCAAGUAAGCCAAGGUUAAAGGUCGCGAUCACUUACUGUGAAUUUCUGUGACAACGUUAGUAAAGCCUUACCCAAAAAUGGGGAGACGGUGUGGUUCCAUUUUUGACCCUUUUUCCAUUUCUCACUUUCUCAGCGUUUUGAGGCCACUUUCCAUUUGAUUGAUGUUUACUUCAUCACCUCUGCAAAACAUGUGAAUAUAUCAUCAUCAUCAUCACCAUCAUCAUCAUCAUUUUCCUUUAUAAUGUCUUUAUUACGGUCGUUAUUGUUACUUUUGUAAUGAUCGUACUGAAUGAUGAUAAUGAUUAGGUUUUAGCGUAACUAUUGUACUAAGGUAAAACCGUUACCAAACGAACGCAAGUUCCAUCUCUGGGCUUCAUUUUGUGAUCAGAUUUAUAUGCUUAUUCCAAUCGUCACAAUUUGUUAAUUCAAUUCUCUUUACGGUGUCAUUAAGAGCUUCAAAUGACGACGAAUAAAAACAAUAUUUACCUCGGAA